AUGAGUGACCGCAUCUUUUGGACACCUAUACGCUUAGACGAGCGGCGACAUUACAUAACAGACACACCGCAGAGUGAACUGCAUAUUCCCUCUCCUGCACCACCAUGCGGCGAGAGAGGCGGUGAUGACACGAGGAUCGGCGGCAGGGCUCCGCGGAUGGAGGAAAUAAACCCUAACUGUGUUAUAGACUUUACCCGCGAUGCAACUGCCGCGUCACGAGCGAAGUUGACAUCGGCAAAUGUCGAGUUGGCCGGUGAGUGCAUUAAUAGACCAAACAGUGUCUAUGAAAAAAAAACACCAGGCGCCGAGCGACUUUUCCCAGCGACAUGCAAACGAGAGGGGAAUGAAAACAGGGAGGACGCGGUAUGCCUUCACGCGUGUGCGUCGACCUCUUUUUUGCAGCGGGCUUUUGGGGAUACCGAAGCCUCUGCGACACCACAUGAACUGUACACGGAUUUCUGUAGCGCUGCAGGAUCACCUCAAGACAAAAAAAAUGACUUGGAGAAGCAACAAAUUCCACGUGUGCAGUCACCUAUACCAGAAAGGCCGGAAGAUGAAAUGACUGUAUCCACCUCGAUGCGUGGAUUGCAUCAACGGCUUGGUCGGCGGAUAACGUCACCACUGCCCGACGAUGAUGAUGAUGGCGCCGUCAAAUGCGCAAAAAGCAUGCUGAUGAGACGGGAAAAUGAACCAGGGGGAGAGGGAAAGUGCGGGAGAUACGGUUUAGACGCCCAAUUGUUUUCCCCUGACGUUAGGCUGCAGGUUUCUCUGCCCGUUCCUGGGAGUUACACGAGGGUUCCCAGGCCGCCAAGGAAGAAGUCUGCUAAGUAUUCACCGCCACCACGUUUUAUUAGUGCAAGGUCGCUGCCACUGGUAGAAGAAGAACAGAGAAAACACGCGGAUGAAUGGGAGCAGCGCGAUCCUGUUGCGUCUCCAGUGUAUUGUAAUUUAGGCGCCGUGUUUACACGCGUUGACUUUGUCGGCCAACAGUCUGCGGCGGAGUUGUGUGGGCCCCGUCUCUCUCCCCUACUUCCACCCGCCAAAUUACAUGAGUUGCCACGGGAAUCACAGGGCCGGGAUAAAACAGUGGAUGAAAUUGCCAUUUCCCCCGACACCAGCGCACCGGAAUUAGUCGACUGGCACGUUCUCAUGGAGGAGUCCAUCAUCCUGGAUCUGACGGUGGGGUCCGAGGGAGUGGAUGAGGGGAUGCCGCUGCUGGUGCGGAGUCUGGAGUCUCCUCUUUUGACCACAAAUAAAGGAUGGGGUGGAGGCGAUAACGUUGACGGCACACAGUCCAUAUCAACACCACAUGAAGCAGCGGCAGAAGAGGAAGAAACAAUGUUGUUGCACUCACAGUCGCCGCUACAACGGAAUGCAACGGGGUCACCGCCGUCACGUGGUUCUGACGUUGUGGUUUACCCGACGUCUUUGCCCCCGUCUAUUUCUCCCAUGGAAAGCAAUUCCUUUGAUGACGAAUGCGAUGAGGAUGGCUUUAAGGGUGUUCGGCGCGAGGCCGCGCUACAAAAACUGCUGGGUCGUCUUGCCGCGAAGAAUGAUAAUCGUCUUCAGGGUGGUGGAGUUAGUGAGUUUUGGGGCAAAUUGCCGUUUUCCUUUUCAUCCCCUAUGCUUUCUUCUCCGAUUUCGGAAAAAAAUGGGUCAUUGACGCAUCAUCUAGAGACACGACAUUCAGUUUUGGCGCCGCUGUGGUUGGUGGUGGAGCUCUGUCGUGCGUUGCGGCCCUUUGCGCGGAGGCUACUUCUCAUGCUUGCUCAGGAGAGCGGUGGCCGCGCAGACGUUUUGUGUGAUACAUGCGCUGAGGUUGUAAACUCCAUUUUGGAGGCGGAGGGGGUUUGUCACGUGCGUGCGUCGCGAAAUCUCUGCCGCAGCAUCGCGUCCAUUGGCAGCACUGACGCCACCGAUGGUCACGAACUGCUCUCGUACGCCAAUUUUGUGGCGGGCGUCAUGCAGUUGGCGGGAGACACAAAGUGA